AUCCGGUUUACUGUACAUACAUACUAGGUUAUUCUUGCAGCUUCCGCUAUGCAUCUCUAGCCUAUAGCAUACCUUCCCACUCCUUCGAGCCAUUCAUGGUUGGUUGUAUAUCAGACUACUUCAGCUGCACCCCGAGUUUCUGCAGUUUCUUGCCCACAACGCAGGUACGAGGACAAUCAAUUGUUUGUAAACUUUCAGACGACCAGACCGAAUAGCCUGCUAGUUUGAAUCUGUUGCGACUUGCGCCGAAACCACUCGGUAUAACAGUUCCAUUCUAUUUACUCACCGAUAUAUUGGGCCCAACCCGAUCGAAAUUCUGUCCCCGGGAGCGGUGAGGAACAGAAGUUGCGAAGCUUGGGCGGAGAUGGGAACAAGCAGGCGUCAAAGCCUUCUGCGUCGAGCGGCAACAGUCCUCCUCUUCGCGGCGCCGCUUCCGACAGUCUGCGCAUACCAGCAGCCCUUCCAGCCCGCCGAGACCGCAGGAGCCCUUGCGAGACGACAAGGAGGAUGUCUGGCCAACUUCUACAGCUGCGCCGACCAAGGCGCCGCAUUCAACAACAUCUGCUGCCAGAACGGCCAGGUUUGCCGCUUGGAUGCAAACAAUAACCCGGCCUGCUGUCCCUCCAACGCCGUCUGCACCGGCACCGCCCCCGCGACCUUCGUCACCCCGACCGGCGGCCCCACGCCCGUCUCCUUCGUGCAAAACCCCUACUUCUCCUUCCCCUACGCCGCAUCCUCCUUCGCCAACCCGGGCGCCUGCUCCGCCGCCGUCAGCCAGUGCAGCCGCAACUACGACAGCUGCACCGUCGAGCUCGGGGGCAACAACAACGGCAACGGCGGCGGCGGCCACGCCGUGACCAUCGUGGUCCCCGGCGGCGGCGGGACCACCGUCGCGCCCGCCCCCGGCGUCGGCGGCGGCUCCCCGGGAUCGGCCAGCGCGACGAGCAUCUGCUCCAGCCUCAGCGGCGUCGCGUGCGGGGGGCUGAGCCGCGACAUGUGCACCAACAGGGGCACGAGCGUCGGGCGCUUCUACUUUGGCACCGGCACCGCGAACGUUGCCGCGGCGACGGGCGUGCCGUGCAACGGCGUCGGCGUGGCUUUGGCCGGGGCGGUCGGCCUCGCCGGGGUUGGGUUCGGGGUCGUGAAUGGCCUGUGAGCGGCGGGGUUUUCGUGUUUCGUUUUUCGGGGCAGAUCUUUGGAUCCCGUUCUUGUUGAAAAGCGACUGGGGUGGGUUUUGGGCUGCUUGGGGCCUCACUGCUGUUUCACAGCGAGUGUUACGGGUACAUGAUUGAUUUCUCUAUAUAUUUGGUUUGCGAAGAGCAACGUAGAUAAUGAAUGAUGAACGAUGCGACGAUGUCUUCCCGACCGGGGUGA